AUGGAGGAGGGCACGAGCGACACGAGUUUGGAUUUGCUGCACUCCAAGGUUCGCAAUCUCCGAGACAAGUUGCAGGCUCGAGCAACGCGUAGACUUGGUGGCGAUGACAGUAGUGGCAGCAGCAGCAGCAGUGGCGGAGGGGCAAGUCUGCAGCCUCUGGGGCCUAUCGGCAAGGACGAUCGCGAAUUCACCUCUCCCUGUGCUAGCAGCAGCAGUCGAGGCAGCUGCCGACAUAGUGAACGGAAAGACGCCAACCGCAGCCGGACUGUGUCUUGGGUGGGGCAGGAGCAAGGCCAUAGUGGCAUGGCCAGCGAGCAGCAGCAGCAGCAGCUGCAGCUGCAGCAUCCAUCGGAGGAUAGACACCUGGAGUACAGAAGAAGUCUCCCCGGCGUUUCGAGCAGCAGCGGCGGGAGCGUUCCGCAAGGCGCAUAUGCUGAAGCCUCCAGAAGCCCUCUAAAACGCGGCAGUAGGGCUUCAGAGAAGGCCAUCACCAGCCAUCGCAGCUACUCCAGAGACACGACGAGCAGCGGCAAAGAUUUCUGCCGCUCGCCCCUGCGUCGGCAUGGAGCCGAAGUACACACAGUGCAGCACGGAAGCAGCACAGCAGGCACCUGCAAUACCGUCCCCCCAGCAGCAGCAGCAGCAAGCCGCAGCAGUGAGCGGCGACAUGCUUCCUCAGCAGUGGGUGUAAGCAGCAGCAGCAGCAGCAGCACUACCAUGGAUAAUGCUGGCACCAAUGAUGGCAGUAACAGUAGCAGCAGCAGCAGCAGCAGCAGCGCGUGUACCGCGGGAUCUGGCACUGCUGGCAGUGUGGAGAGGGAGGAGGGAGAAAUAUCUAUGAGUGCGCGUAGCAGCGCUGGCACUUUAGCGCCGAGGGCAGCAGCAGAAAUGCCUCCAGGCAAGAAGACUGGAGGGGGGGCAAGUUCAGCAGCUGCAUCUGAACCGCAGAAGGAAGCGGAGGAGCAUUCUGCACGGCCACUUCCUGAAGAGGAUUUGUUUACUCCCGAGGUGGGGUCUGCUGACGAGCUGCUGCUAACCCCUGAGGCAACUUCGGAAGGCGUCGAGGCAGCCGCUUCAGCGGGAGGUCCCCCUGCAGCGGAUUCCGCCGACGGGCAGCAGCUAAGUGCGGCAGCAGCUUGUGCCAGCGAAACUGUAUAUGGUCCUUUGCCUCCUGCAGCAGCAGCAGCAGAGACAGUGCGCGAAGAGGCCACAGCAGCAGCAGGAGCUGAAGCGACACAUUUAUGCUUGGACUCGGUAGAGCAGGAUUCGAAUCACGUGCACCAGCUGCUAAAUGCAGGUGGAGAAGAGGAGGAGGAGGAAGAAGACGACGAAGAGGACAGACACUUGAAGCAGAGCAAAGUCUGGAGCUCCCUCGUGUAUGGGUGUCAUUCAGUGAGCACGUACAAGCGCCUCAACAAGAUUAGUGAAGGCACGUACGGCGCUGUCUUCAGAGCGAUGGAUCUGAAGACUAAGGAGAUCGUGGCUCUAAAGCAAGUCAAGUUUCACGCAAAGCUGUGGUCCGAGGGCUUCCCAGUGACAUCUUUGCGCGAGAUAUCCAUCCUGUUGGAAUUGCAACAUCCGAAUGUCGUCAAUGUCAAGCAGGUCGUCGUGGGCUCUGGGCAGCAUCAUGUCUUCAUGUUGCUGGAGGCCUUGGCUUACUUACACGCGAAUUUCGUCUUCCACCGCGACGUGAAGCCUAGCAAUCUGCUGUAUUCGAACAGAGGGGUUCUGAAAAUGGCGGAUUUUGGGAUGGCUAGAAAGUUCGGAGUUCCUUUCGGCCACAAGAGGUACACCAAAGAAGUCGUGACGCUUUGGUAUAGGCCCCCGGAGAUUCUUCUAGGGCAGUCGGUGUACAGCGAUAAGUGCGACGUCUGGGCUGUUGGAGCUAUCUUUGGGGAACUUCUGUUGCGGCGGCCUCUCUUUGCUGGACAUGGGGACUUAGACACCCUCAGCAAGAUUUGGAAGCUUUGUGGGACGCAGUCGGAGGAAACGUGGCCAGGGUUUAACGAAUUACCGUUGGUGAAGUCGCGAGCUCUUGCACGGAUGCCACAUUGCCAGCCGACGUGGAGGGAGGUGUUCCCUCCUCCCUCGAAGCACCUCACUAUGGGGAAUAGCGGCGUCCUCUCUGAUUUAGGCCUUGAUUUGCUGCAAAAGCUGCUCACCCCAGAUCCAGCGCAGCGGCUUUCCGCUGCGGCAGCCCUUCAGCAUGAGUACUUCAAGGAAUCUCCGAAGCCUCAGCCUACGGAGCUAAUGCCCAGUUACCCAGACACAAACAACCAAGCACGAAGGAAGCGCAGGAGAGGGGGUAGCGCUGACCUUAACGAACAGAAGCAUCAAGACUCCUUCCGGUUCGACGCGCGCGUGGAUGCGGAGAAGUUUCUUUCUGCCCUGGACCAAAAAGUUCGCAGCCAACGAAAAGAAACGGUCAAGCCUGGCAGAGAGGGUCUCUAA